AUGAGAGCUUACUGGUUUGAUAACAAGGAGGGCGACCAACGCGAACUUCACGACUCAGGUCGCGACGUCAACCCUGAGUACUUGGAGAAGCUCGGAGUUCUCUAUUACAGAUUCGCAGAUGAGAAAGAUGUCGACAAGCUCGCCUCUGACAGAAGUUACAAGAAUCGCGAUGUAAUCACGGUCUCACCAGAGAAAAUGGGCGAUAUUUAUGAGGAGAAGGUCAAGUCGUUCUUCAAUGAGCAUUUGCAUGAAGACGAGGAGAUUAGAUAUAUCAGAGAUGGAGCGGGAUUCUUCGAUGUUAGGAGUGAGGGCGAUGAGUGGGUUCGUAUUAGGUUGGAAAAGGACGACUUGAUCAUUCUCCCAGCUGGUAUCUACCAUCGUUUUACCACCGAUGAAAACAACUAUAUCCAAGCAAUGAGAUUGUUCAAGGAGGAACCCAAAUGGACUCCUUUGAACCGUGGUCCAGAAGUCGAUGUCAAUCCAUACCGCAAGGAGUAUUUACAAACUGUUCCUGCAAUCGCAGGCCAAGAGAUGAAGGAAAAUAAUUCAAAAGAAGGAGAAGGGUCCGCUUAUACCCCCGAUUUCGACUCUUACAACAAUUUACUACCAUCGGGACAAAAUCCCCCUCACAGCAAUGCCCACGAUAGCAUGUCUCCCGAUUUUCUCAAAGUCGAAAAUACUCUCAAUGCCGAUGGUAAAAAGAUUAAAUUACAACUCCCUCUAAGCUGCGAGCCUCCGGGCCCAAAUAAUAAGACAAAGCCAAAGGUUUGGAUUAUAUUUGGCGCCAGUGGCCACAUGGGUCAGAGUCUCACACGAGCAUGUCUUUCCAAAGGUGACGAAGUUGUUGCCGUCGGCCGGAUCAACGAAAAUACAAUCGAAUCGAUGCAAACCACAUUCCCGCAUCCAAACUGCUUCAAUACUCUUUGCGACGUGCGUGUACGAGAAUCCGUGUCUACAGUUAUAGAACAGGCACUUGAAAAAUUCAAGCGCAUCGAUGUGAUAGCUAAUUGUUCAGGCUACGGCGUCAUUGGCGCAUGCGAAGAUCAGGACGAGCACGAAAUUCGCAAUCAAUUCGAGACGAAUUUUAUGGGCACAGUACAUAUUAUCCAAUUGAGUCUACCAUACUUUCGCGAGCAAGGAGCAGGGAGAUAUUUGAUAUUCAGUAGUACUUCAGGCGCGUUGGGUGUUCCGGGCUUAGGACCAUAUUGCGCGACGAAAUAUGCGGUGGAGGGAAUGAUCGAAGCGAUGCUUUACGAAGUGGAUGCUUUCAAUAUAAAAGCCACAUUGGUAGAACCGGGGUUGGUGAGGAGAGAUGAGAAGGAAUUGGCUUCGGGUCCGCUACCUACUUGGGGACACUUCUUGAUUAAACCUCCCAGUGAACCAUAUUCCGAUCCAACUUCGCCGGCGUUGCAUGCGAAGAGAAUGGUUCAGUGGCUGGGGGAUAAACAACCUACUAGUGCUAAGAAAUGCGCAGAUUUAGUUUGGCAAUUAGGUCAUUGUUCUUACCCGCCUCUACGAUUACUUUUAGGGAGUUACGCUAUAGAAAGCAUUAGAGAUCGUUUGCGAUCUAUCAUAGAAGAGUUGGAGGACUGGAAGCAUCUACAUCAUCCUAUAGCUCCAGUUGAUGAGCUUGAUAAUGAGGAGGAUUCAGACGAUGCUCGAGAUGUAGAUAUGUCUGCUAAACCGAAAAAGGAGGAUCGAGCUGCAAAGCGGGCUGCGACGAAUUCAUUAAAAGCAGAGUCAGAUGCAGAUAGUAGUUCAUGA